AUGGCCUCUCCCAGGACUAUAACAAUUGUAGCCCUCUCGGUAGCCUUGGGGCUCUUCUUUGUCUUUAUGGGGACCAUCAAACUGACCCCGAGGCUUAGCAGAGAUGCCUACAAUGAGAUGAAACGAUCCUACAAGAGCUAUAUCCGUGCUUUGCCCAUGCUUAAGAAGAUGGGGGUCAGCUCCAUCAUUCUCCGCAAGAGCAUUGGAGCCUUAGAGGUGGCCUGUGGUAUUGUCAUGACACUCGUCCCUGGACGCCCCAGGGACGUGGCUAACUUUCUGCUGCUGCUGCUUGUUCUGGCUGUGCUUUUCUUCCACCAGCUGGUGGGUGACCCACUCAAGUGCUAUGCCCAUGCCCUAGUCUUUGGGAUCCUGCUUACCUGCCGCUUGCUGAUCGCCCGUCAGCCUGAGGAGGAAUUGCCAGAGAAGAAGACCCUUUUGGUGAAUGGAGAGGAGCAGCCACCUCUUGCAGAGGCAGCCCCAGAAAAGGGAAAAAUCAAGGUGUCCUAGUGGGAAGCUAAUGAGGAACACAUGGGGACCCUCCAAGCAGCUCUCUCCAAAACCUGAA